AUGGAAAGUAUCCUUACAUCCAUUCAAUACUUCGCCCGCCAAGGGUUUUAUCACCACAUUAUCGAAACCUGUGAAGGAGAGAUGCGCAGAGGCCAAGACACAACUUUAGCCUUCUGGAGAGCCUUCGGAAUUUUUAAAGAAGGAUCAGUUACUGAAGCUAUUCGAGAACUCGACAAUCUAAUGCAGCGGCGAGACAUCCAAUACCCUGCCUGCUGUGCCAUAAUUUAUUACCACAAGCAAUGCAAACUUGUAGAUCAAGAAGCAGUCAUGAGAUUCAAAAAUCAAAAAUCGACGUUUAAAUCCUCAGCAGGCGAUGCAAGCUUAUUGAUGGCUGGCCAGUUUAUGAGUCUCAUAGGCAAGAACAAUAAGUCAAGGCAGCAUGUGACUGAAGUACUUGAUAGGAACUCUGGAAAUCUGCAAGCUUUAAAUGUAUAUGGAUGGAAUGAGCUUUUAACAGAACAAGACGGGGAUAUACAAAGCGCUUCAAGGGCUUUUGAUCAGGUUAUAGAAGAAAGUGGGGAAUUGGUCUAUACGAGGUAUAUUGAUGCUUUGUUAGGAAAAGUGAAGUGUUAUGAAACUGCUAAAAAAUUUAAAGAAAUUGUGGAAAUUCUUAAUGAUAUGUUGGUGAAAAACCCAAAAUUUGUACCGGUGCUGCUAGAAAAAGCGAAGGUGCAGAUGAUGAUUGGAGACUGGGAUGAAAUUGUGGAGACUGUGCAGAGGAUUCUUGUGGCAUCAAAUAGGAAUAUUGAAGCUCUGAGGAUUUGGACGUUUCAUGCUCUAGCUAGAGAAGCUUCUUUUGAUGUUGCUGUAGAAAAACUCAAAGAGCUGCAUGCAGCAUUAGUGCAAAAAGAGCCAAAAAAUCCACACUUAUAUAUUGAAUUUAUUAAACCAAUUGCAAGAAUUGCAGGAAGAAAGCAAGCUAUUUUAGAACAAACCCUGUCCAUUGCACAAGAAGCUAGAAGGCUUAAGCCAGAUUCAAGUGAAGUUCUUCUUGAACUCGGUGAACAACUUAGACUGCUAGGAGACUAUAACGCUGCAAUUCAAACUUUUACUGAAGCUUCCCAGAAAGAUGAAGCCAAUAUCCAAGCUAUCAAUAAAAUUAUCCAUUGUAAAAUACUCCAAGGCCACUAUACUGAUGCUGCUCAACAAAUGGAAUUUUUAUUUGAAAUUGAAGAAGCCAAUGGGAGAAGCGCUGAAGUCACUUUUAUUGCUAGUCUUUUAGCGUGGAAAAAAGACCAGGAUAAAAAAGAAGCUAUUAGGCUAUUAGAUGAAGCUUUAAGCUUGCAUGUAGCUGCAAGCAAACAGCUAAGCCCUGGAUUCGAGUUCUAUACAAAGCUGAAUCCUGAUUUCUUGGUAGAAAUUGCCAAAGAAUAUUUACAAUAUUUAGGACUGAAACCACUUCCAAAAACAGGAAAACCUCCUCAUUAUUUGGUAAGAGGUGCCAAGCUGCUAGAAACAAUCACCAAACAGAUCCCAGGGAUUAUUGAAGGACAUUUAAUGCUUGCGAAAGCUAAAUAUAUUUCUAACGACAACCAAGCAGCCCAAAGGUAUAUACAAAUAGCAUUGCAGCUUGAUCCUGACUGCAUUGAUGCACUUAUUAUAAAUGCCCUUAUCAAUCUUCAGAGCUCCCAAUACUUAGCAGCUUCAGCAUCUUUAGAACAAGCCUUAGCUAGAAAUUUCAUGAUCAGAGAAAACCCUAUGUUUAUGCUGGUCAAAGGUACAGUCGAAAUGAAGCAAGGAAAGUACGCAGACGCAUUAAAGACUUUUGAAGCUGGAAUUAACCUGCCAGGCGUCAGAUCUCCUGCGCCUCCUAAUAAAAAAUCACAGCUUUUCUUAACUCUUUCUGAAGAAGACAGAGCUAUCAUAUAUGCAAACUUAGCUAUUUGUUAUGCAGAAAAUAAGAAACUCCCAGAAGCAUCAAGAAUUAUGGCUGAAGCAAUUGGUGAGUUUGCAGGAACAUCAGCAGAAGUAAUAGUCGUUAUCGCUAAUAGUGAAAUUUCUUUAAAGAAAGGAGACUUAAAGCAAGCUUUGAACAUUUUAAAUGGGAUUUUGCCAGAAAACCCUCAAUAUAAAGAAGCAAAAGUUGCACAAGCUGAUAUUUAUCUGAAUAAUAUGCAGAAUAGAAGGCUCUAUGCGAAAUGCUACUAUGAUAUUGUUACCCAAGAAGAGUCUGUAGAAAAUUAUUUGCUUCUUGGAGAAGCUUUAAUGAGAAUCCAAGAGCCUGAAGAGGCAAUUAAAGUGUAUGAAAAAGCAUUGAGGCAAAAACCUGACGAUCUCUUUUUGACUAACUCCCCCCCCUCCGUGAGUGAACAAAAAAAAUUUUUGUUCACUCACGGGGGGGGUUAAUUUUUUUUUUUUUAAAAAAUUUAUAUUUAAAUUUUCUAAACAAUAUUUUUUUUUCGAAAUUUAAAAAAAUCCUAAUUCGCAAAAAUUGGAAAGCAAAUAUUAAUUUAAUUUAUAAAAUUUAUGUUUUUAAAAAGCAAUUCGUUUAAAAUUAAAUAGAAUUAGCUCUAGAUUUCAUUAUACUAAUUAUCACUUAUAUAUCAUUUUUUUUUUCCAUAAAAAAUUUUUCUAUUAAAAAAAUUUUUGUUCACUCACGGAGGGUUGGUUUUUGGGCAAAAAAACAGCGAUUUUUCUAAUGGUUUUGUUCACUCACGGAGGGGGGGGAGUAAGGAAAUUGGAAGAGCACUGGUACUAACCCAUGACUACCAAAGAGCAAUACAGUAUUAUGAGUCUGCUUCAAGAGCUGACCCGAGGAAGUCUGAGCUACUAACUGAUCUUGCUAGGCUAUAUUUGAGGCUUAAAGAUUACCAUUCCGCAAAUCUUGUUCUUGAACAAGCAUUAAAAGCGCCUGUCAACGACAUCAACUCAAUGCGCCAGGCUGCUCAAAACUACUUGCUCCAAGCCAGAGUCUUCCUUAAAAGCACCACAAACGAAGACCCAUUAAACCUCCAGCCUCUCCCUUCAGCAGCAAAUGCAUUGGAAAACGCUAAAACACUGCAAACUGAUUUACUAGCAUCAGCACGUGAUAUGGCACCUGACCAAGUUAAUAUUGAGAGAAGCACAUGUGCAGAUAUUUUGUUCCAGCUUGGCCAAUAUUAUGAAUUAAGAGAAAAAAAGCUUGAUCAAGCUUUAAAUUGUUACUUAGAAUCUCUCAAUCAUAAUGAAAUGAAUGAAAAAGCCAUCAUUUCUAUAGCAUAUUUAUAUGAAAGCCAAGGUGAUGCCCAAAAAUGUAUGCAGUUUUGUCAAAGAAUGCUGAGAAUAAACCCAGGAAAUGAAGAAGCGUCAGAGCUUAUGGCUGAACUGCUAUUGCAGCAAAAUUCAAUUGAUGAAGCUUUAGUUUGCUAUCAGAGAUUGCUUGAAAAUAAGACAGACCAGUAUAAAAUCUUGUCAAAACUGUUAAAUAUGCUGAGGAGAGCUGGAAGAAUUGACGCUUUUCAAGAUUUUUUGAAAAAUGCUGAAAAAAUAAAAGGAAGAAAUGCAGAUGCAGGAUUAGCUUAUUGCAAAGGCUUAUUCUAUAAAUAUUCUGGAAAAAUGAAAGAAGCCUUAGAAGAGCUGAAUAAAGCUAGAAAUGAUGCUGUUUUCGGCCAGCCAAGCUUAGAAUUAAUGAUAAAACUUUAUCUCAACCCUAAUGAUGAAGCAAUGUGGUCUCCUGGCAGAAUUGCUUCAGAAAGUGUCAACGCUGCAGAAAGCCUUGUAAAAGAAUUAAUAAUAAAAUCAUACAGCUUAAAAGCUGCCACAUUAGAAGCAUUCGUUUCUAUCGCUAAAGGUCAGCGAGAUACAAUUGAAAAAGCAUUCCAAAGUCUCUCAGAAAUUCUCCAAGCCAAUAACUUUUACGUCCCAGCAAUAAUAAUAUACUCCCUAGGCAAAUGUGCAGCAAACAGACAAGAAGACGCAAAACAUCAGCUCCGAAGCCUCGCAAAAAUCCCUUAUCAUGCUGAAUUUGCUGAAGAUUUCGAAAAAGGCUGGCUUAUGCUAGCUGAAAUAUAUAUAGAUAGCAAUAAUUUAGACUUAUCACAAGACCUUUUGCAGCGAUGCUUAAGGUAUAACCAAUCCUGCAGCCGCGCAAUGGAGUUAUUAGGCUUAAUAAAAGAAAGAGAAGGAAAUUAUAAAGAAUCGAGCAAUUUUUACGAGUCAGCCUGGCGACUUUCCAAGAGCUCCUCAAUUGGUUUUAGGUUAGCAUUUAAUUACCUCAAAGCAAGAAGAUUUGUUGAUGCCAUCGACGUCAGCAAAGAGGUCCUGAAACUGUUUCCUGAUUACCCAAGAAUUAAACAAGAAAUAUUAGACAAAGCAAGAGAAUCCUUAAGACCUUAA